AUGUUUACAUGCAUAGCUUGUACGAAACAAACAUCAGAUGAGAGGGAUGAAGAUGGUCGAGAGAGUGGCACGCCUAGUACUAAAGAAGCUGUCAAAAGCAUUACCACACAGAUAAAAGAUAUGGCCUUAAAGUUUUCAGGUGCUUACAAGCAAUGCAAACCAUGCACAGGAGGAUCAAGUAGCUACAACAAGAAAGGACACAGACCAUAUCCCGACUUCGACACAAUCUCCGAAGGAGUUCCAUACCCUUAUAUUGGAGGUGCAAGCUCAAGUUCAACCCCUGCAUGGGAUUUCACUACUUCCAACUACCCUGGUGCAAGAUAUGCCGGAGAUCGCACCCCCAGAGGACGCGACUCUGCGUCAGUCUGUGAUGUUGUGUUAGAGGAUGAGGAUGAACCUAAGGAAUGGAUGGCACAGGUUGAGCCAGGAGUUCAUAUUACCUUUGUUUCUCUUCCUAAUGGUGGAAAUGAUCUCAAGAGAAUUCGCUUCAGCCGAGAGAUGUUCAAUAAAUGGCAAGCUCAAAAAUGGUGGGGAGAAAAUUAUGACAGAAUCAUGGAGCUUUACAAUGUCCAAAGAUUUAAUCGACAAGCUCUCAACACUCCUCCAAGGUCCGAGGCCGAUGAGCAAAGAGAUUCUACUUACUCAAGAUUGACAUCAGCAAGAGAAAGUCCUAUGGCAUCGGUUAAGGAUUGGACGCCAAGGAGUCACUACAAACCGUCUGGACUAAUGGAUCAAGGCGGAGGCCACCACUUUCAAGCAGGGUCAUCAAUGGAACCAUCAAGAGCAACUACUUCAUCUAGAGACGAGCCUUCUAUUAGCAAUGCAAGUGAAAUGGAGUCAGAAUGGGUAGAACAAGAUGAGCCUGGAGUCUACAUUACAAUCCGACAGUUAGCUGAUGGUACUCGGGAGCUUAGACGUGUCCGAUUCAGCCGAGAAAGAUUCGGCGAGGUAAAUGCAAAAACAUGGUGGGAAGAGAACAGAGAAAGAAUACAAGCUCAAUACCUUUGA